GUUUACGAGGCCCAACUUCAACUGUUAAGUAUCUCUGCGAAGGAAUGAACGGAGGAGACAAAUGUCUCGGCUUCUGCAAAGACGUUUCCUCUGUAGCAGAGGCAGUAGCAACAGCAACAAGAACUCAAAUCAGCAGCAAUGGAAGGUAAAGCAGGUAACGAAGUCGAACUUCUCAGAGGCUCUGGAGGAGAUCAAGAAGCAUAUCCAAGAUUCAGAUUUCAUUGCCGUUUCGUCGCAGAAGAGCGGGGCCUUCUCUGCUCCUUGGCGUCGAGUGUUGCCAUUCGACACCCCUGAGACUGCCUACUGUAAAGCCAAAGAUGCUGCUGAGAAAUUUCAGCUCUUUCAGUUCGCCGUUUGCCCUUUUUCCAUAAAAGAAUCCAAGGUCAUCGCCUUCCCAUACAACUUUCAUUUGUUUCCGAGGGAUGAGUUGAAUAUAGGCAUGCCAGCUUACAGUUUUUCAUGUCAAACAUCGUAUUUGACGUCUAUGGCUCGGGAAGGUUUUGAUUUUAAUGUCUGCAUAUAUGAUGGUAUAUCAUACUUAUCCAGAGUACAAGAAUCCAGUGCAAAAGAUAGGAUUGGGAAUCCUAUUUCUAGGAUCCAUCCAGUGAAAUCUUCUUUGGCCCAAUCUGUUGCUGAUUCCGUGUUCUUGGAAAGGACUAGGUCAAGAGUUAGACAUUGGAUAAAUGCAUGUAAAGAUCCAAUUCCAAAGAAGGGAACUGAUGAUGCUCUUAUCAAAUCACUGAGGAAGCUUAUCUUAGGUGAAAUGUUUGGGUCAAGACCGUGCAUGAGUAUAGAUAUUUGCAGUGAACGUCAAGUAGAGCUGGUGCUGGAGAUGUUGAAUGAAUUCUCUGAUCUUAUAGGUCUAAUUAUCCCAGACAAGAGUGGGGGACCCAAGGCAGUACGAGUGGUACUGACAAGUUCUGAAGAGGACAAGAAACUUCUUGAGUGCGUAAUUGUAGUUUUGUUUGGUAGAGGGAGCUUGAAAAUAUUGAAGAGGAGGAAAACAAGCGAGUUCGUGGCUUUCGAGAGGUUAUCGAUGCAGUAUCUGUGUCCCAGAAACCUAUUGUUGCCUACAACUGUCUUAAUGGGAUUCAAUGAUGCAGAGUUAACAUUCAUUCAUUCAAAAUUCCUUGCUCCUCUGCCUCAGAGCAUGAGUGAGUUCAUGUGCUCCUUGCGCUUUGCUUUUCCAUGCAUCCUUGAUGUCAACCAUUUGUUGAAAGAAAUUGGUCCUCUUAAAAAGGCAAAAAACUUGCCUGCAGCCAUGUCCUACUUGAAGAGACAAUUCUUUGCGCCCCUUGACAUGGAAAUUCCACACCAAGGUUUCUCGGAGCAGGAACAUGAAGGCAAGAACCACGGGCAUAAUGUUCUAAGAAUAACACAUUUGUUUGCCAAACUCUGCUUGAUACUAAAAGUAACUCGUGAUUCUAACGAAACAGUGAAUGAUGAUCUGAAUAAUGCCAUGGAAAGCUAUGCAAACAAUUUCAAUCCCUUCUGUACCAGUGUCCAAGAACCAAUUGAUGGAGAAGGCAUGGUGUGGAUGGAUAAUACAAGAAAAGUGAGCACUGAAGACCUAGCUUUCUUGUGGGGAUUCAGAAGUGGGAUGUCUGCUGGAGUAUUGAAAAGCAUAUUCCGUGGAUCCCAUGAUGUGUUCUCUGAAGAUUUUGAGGUUCGGUUAGUGGACAAAAGUUGCGCUAUUGUUGUUUUCUGGACACCUGGUUCAGCUAAGGUCUUACUCAAUGUGCUGGGUUCUGGGGCAGUUGGUUCUGAUGGUUUGACGGAAAUGAUUUCAGAAGGUCUUAGAGGAGCUGGCUAUGAGUUAUAUAAGAGAAUAUGCAGAUUAGGUUUAUGGGAAUCAGAUUUAGCUGAAUCAUUGGACAGAGCCUUGGAAGAGCCUAUCCCCGAUGUCUUGGGAGCCGAUUCCACAAAAGAUCUGUCAGAGAUAUACUGGAGCAAUGAUGUGAUUAAGCUUGAAGAUCUUUGAUAUUAAAUUUAUCUCCCGUCUCUUGUGAAAGGCGUAAAAGGGUUAUGAUGCUGAUUGCAGAGUUCAUGAACUGAUAGUCUGAUAGGGCAGAGGAUUCUUUAUUGAUUGUUAAAUCUGAUCCUGGGAGAUUCGGCACAUAAAAUUUACUCAGAGAUGAAUGAAAAUGAUUUUUUUGUAAAUGUUGAAACACAUUGAAAAAGCAGGUUAACGAGGAAAUUUCAUUAUGAGAAGGUCUUAAGAGCUACCUUAAAAUACUGUGGCAUUGCUGAGACAUGGCAGUGCUUGCUUUCUGUUCUUCAAUCAUGUGCUGCUUCCAGAGCUUGG